AUGGAUAACGCACUCGUGCGUUUCAUAGGUUUGGCGCCUAAGGAUGUGAUAGAGCUUAUCUGCAAUUAUCUCGACUUUUCGGAAUUCUUGGCACUGACCUCAGUGUCAAGGUACGUAAGGAGCCUAUUGGUUAACCACCACCUGUUCUGGCUUAACUACUACAUGAAGAGAGUUAAUUUUAGACACUACGAAGCAGAUUUAUGGGUAAACGAAAAGGGAACGAGUAAGUAUCAGCUGAGAAUGCCGUCAUUCGAUAAAAGGCAAGGAAUAAGCGAUCCAGCAAAUAGAUUGCUGAGUUCCGCAAGGAAAGUGGAGAUAAUGAACACAGAUACAGCACUGUCGACGAAUCCGAUGCUAAACCUGAGCAUAUUGGACAACUUUAAGCGCUCGCGCUGGAGAGGAGAGUAUAAGCAGUACACGGAGAACCUGUCGAGGUUCAUACUGCCGACAAUGGUGGUGCCGACGAUGGGCUGUAACCCGUUCCUGCUGGUCUCAAACAGCAGCGUAUGCGGGUUCAACAUGAACGAGGACAAAUUCAUGUUCAACAACUUCAUGGCGCCGCAGAACGAACGCAGAAGACACGAAAUAAAGCUGUGUAGCUGGGUGCGCCUGGACGACGUCAGUUACACGGAGGAAGCGAACUUCAGGAGCGUAACGAGCCGCGCAAACUACGUCCCGAAGAUCCUGGUGAUAGUGUACAGAACUGGAGGAAGCACGCUGGCAAUGUCGUUUUACUGCUACGACGGAACGAGCUUCGUAAACGUGCCGUCAAUGGCACUGAAGAUGAGCAUAGACGAGGAAGACUACGUCUCAGCAAUCGACGUAUACGGCCUGCUGCAGACCUGGGACGGAAGAGAGGUGGUCUUCAGCAACAUAAACAUCUUCGUGGGAACUGCGAGAGGAGUCGUGCUGCAGAAGAGAAUGGAGCGCGACAAGGUGGCAGUGGAGCGCAAGGAGCAGCUGACGACACACGAAAUCACGACUCUGAGGUUCGUGUCGUGGCACAGCAAGGCGGUGUUGGUGGCGUUCAGCCACGGCAACUACCUGGGCGCAGUGGACGUGUCGAACGACGAGUGGAGCGUGGCGGAAAGCAUCAACGACCCAGUGGUCACGUUCUCAAUAGACGCGCCGAACUGCCUGAUGGCGUUCUCGACGAGCGUGCACAAUAGAAGCACGUACGUGGACCUGUACAACGCGAACAGCGAAAAGGCGCACUACCUGGUGCCUAAGCCGCCCUUCCGCAUACUCUCGCUGGAAAGGGACUCGAAGUGGGCAAUAGUAAUAAGAAACUACAUCAGAGUGCUGCAAGUCAUACACCCGAACGAGCGGUCGACCUCUGGGAAGCAGGCAACGUACAAGCACUGCGAGGACAUCUCGUCGGAGGAUAGCUCGAAUGAGUACGCGUCUAACGCACUGGAUUGGUCGCACGGGUCUAACUGGUCGAACUGGUCGAGUGCAUCCAACAGCUAUGGCAACAGCGGUUACAGCACUUACAGCGGUUACAGUGCGAGUGGAGCUACGAGUGGAGUUGGAGUAGAUGUGUUUGCUCCAGUAGAGUCGGCAUCGGGAGCCGCAGAUUUGAGUGAGCUGAGAUCAACGAGCGGAUUAAAUGGAGUAGGUCGGCCCAGUAGAGCAGGUGCAGCAAAUGGCACGGGCGGAGUUGUCGAUAGCAUGAGUGCCCAUGGAACUGCAACGAUGAUUCCGGGCGAAGCUGCACGGGGAGCGUCAGGGUCAAACUUGAGAGGCACGGUGGUCCAGGCAAAUACAAACGAGCCACUGGAUAUGAGCGCCGACUCGAACACAAUCAACGUGAUCAGCGGAGUAGUAGGAGCGAACGGAGCCGACGUCACCAUCACAAGUUACCCGACCAACGCAGCAUUCAGAACAGUGAACGGAAGAAGAGGCACGCUGAGCAGAUGCAACUCCUCUCAGUCGAUGAGCACGGCGAGUGGACUCUCCAGAGUAAACUCGAGCAGUAGCAUUAACGGAGUUAACGUGACGUACAGAACGCAGGGGCAGGGGCCAGCGCAGGGAAGCGCGUUGGGUGAGACGGAAACGUACCUGCAGAGGCUGAGCAUUAAGGCGAACGACGAACGAGGAGAGCCGAGCAGCCAGAAGCUCAAGUUCAAGUCGCUGUGCACACUCAACGGGCACCUCAGCGACAUAACGCACUGCGCGCACGACGGGUGGUCGAAGCUGGUGACUAUCGACUCGGGCCACAACCUUUUCGUCUGGGACUACACAAUCGGAUGCAAAAUAUUCUCGUUCUCCCUGCUGGCGGACAUGAAGAGGAACGUGUCGCACGGGUCCUACGCGGAGGAGUUCGAGGGCAAGAACAAAAAGUGCGUCUUCAAGAGGACCGACUCGAGGUGCUCGCUGAAGUCGGACUCGACGGAGGGCGCCGGCGGAAGCCACCGCCGCGGCUCGGAGGGGCACCGAAGGUCGCUGAAGCUCAUGAACCGAGUGGCCUCGAGCUCGGACCUGAGGGACGCCAUCGAGGACUACCUCUACCUCGACGCGUCGGACUUCGACGCCUCGCCGCUCUCCGACGACGCGCAGAGGGCAUCGCAGCGGCCGCACAGGGCGAAGAACUCAGUGCCUGCCUCGAGCAUAAAGGGUCUGCUGGACCCGAACAAGAAGGGCCAGAAGUACUACGUGGACGUCUCCGUGCAGUCGCUGAUAGUGUACUACAAGUCCUGCAACGUGAUGCAGGUGUGGUCGUUCAAAUGA